AUGCAAGGCUCGAUUUUUCCAGCACGGUUUUCCUUCGGGCUCCACGCUCUCCCGCUGGUGCAGCCCCGGGUGGUUUGGGUGUGGAGCUACGCCAGCCUCCACCCGCUCAGGAUCCGGCCCUGGAAGCUGUCGAGUUGCAGUUACAGUUGGAGCAGGGCUUUCGUGGUGUCCCAUCUCUGCCCCCCUCUCCCGCCUCCGCCGACCCCCAGCUCCUCGCCCGGAGGAAGGGUGCGCGUAGCGUGCAUCUCCCAUCCACCGAAAUCUAUGAUCAGCUCGGUGUGUGUCUCCUCCUACCGUGGACGCAAGUCUGGGAACAAACCACCCUCCAAAACAUGCCUGAAGGAAGAGAUGGGCAAAGGGGAAGAGUCGGACAAGAUCACCAUCAAUGUAGGUGGUACCCGGCACGAGACCUACAAAAGUACCCUACGGACUUUGCCGGGCACCCGCCUGGCCUGGCUCGCUGACCCCGAUGCCCAGAGCAACUUUGACUUUGAUGGUAAAAGCAAUGAGUUCUUCUUCGACCGUCACCCCGGGAUCUUCUCCUACGUGCUCAACUACUACCGUACCGGCAAGCUGCACUGCCCCGCAGACAUCUGCGGACCCCUCUUCGAGGAGGAGCUGACCUACUGGGGCAUCGAUGAGACGGACGUGGAGCCCUGUUGCUGGAUGACCUACCGCCAGCAUCGCGAUGCUGAAGAGGCCCUGGACAUCUUCGAGAGUCCCGAGCCUGGUGGAGGGGCCGCUGGAGAGGAGCCUGAAGAGGAAGGGGGUAGGGAGAUGGCCCUUCAACGCCUGGGCAUGGAUGACAGGCCGCCAGGGGCAGCGGGGGCUGCCGGAGGGGGUGGCUGCUGUCGGAAUUGGCAGCCCAGGAUGUGGGCGCUCUUUGAGGAUCCCUACUCGUCCAAGGCGGCAAGGGUAGUUGCUUUUGCCUCGCUUUUCUUCAUCCUGGUCUCCAUCACAACCUUCUGCCUGGAGACGCACGAGGCCUUCAACAUCGACGUCAAUGUGACGGAGACCCUCGUGGUUGGCAACACCACGACGAUCCUGCUGACGCAUAAAGUGGAGACGGAGCCCAUCCUCACCUACAUCGAAGGGGUCUGUGUCCUGUGGUUCACGCUCGAGUUCCUGGUUCGCAUCAUCUGCUGUCCAGAUAAGCUUCUCUUUGUUAAAAACCUGCUCAACAUCAUUGACUUUGUGGCCAUCUUGCCCUUCUACCUGGAGGUAGGUCUCAGCGGCCUGUCCUCCAAAGCUGCCCGGGACGUACUGGGCUUCCUACGGGUGGUCCGUUUCGUCCGGAUCCUCCGGAUCUUCAAGCUGACACGGCACUUUGUGGGUCUUCGGGUGCUGGGCCACACACUCCGGGCCAGCACCAACGAAUUUCUGCUCCUCAUCAUCUUCCUCGCCUUGGGGGUCUUGAUUUUCGCCACUAUGAUCUACUAUGCUGAGCGGAUUGGAGCCAAGACGUCUGACCCCCGCGGGAGCGAUCAUACUCACUUUAAGAACAUCCCCAUUGGGUUCUGGUGGGCGGUGGUCACGAUGACGACCCUGGGCUACGGCGACAUGUACCCCAAGACCUGGUCGGGCAUGGUGGUGGGGGCUCUCUGUGCGUUGGCCGGGGUGCUCACCAUCGCCAUGCCUGUGCCCGUCAUUGUCAAUAACUUUGGGAUGUACUAUUCGUUGGCCAUGGCCAAGCAGAAGCUGCCAAAGAAGAAGAAAAAGCAUAUACCCCGUCCGGCCCCGCUGGACUCCCCUACCUACUGCAAAUCUGAGGAAAACUCCCCCCGUAACAGCACCCAGAGCGACACUUGCCCGUUGGCGGUAGAGGAGGGGGCGGCUGAGCGGAAACGGUCAGACUCUAAGCAGAACGGUGAGGCCAACGUGGUGCUGUCAGAUGAGGAGCAGCCGCUGUCACCGACCGAUGAGGAGAAACGGCCUAUACGGCGCUCCAGCACCCGGGAUAAGAACAAGAAAUCCUCCACGUGCUUCCUGCUGGCCACGGGUGACUUCUCCUGUGCAGCGGAUGGAGGCAUCCAGAAAGACACCUGCCAAGACGUCCUCUCUUCCAGUUACCCCCAGGGUGAGGUGGUCACCUUCUCCUGA